CUAUUCUCUUGAUGGAGGUUGGUAAGUUACAAAACAAAUCAUUGCAUAUCCAUAUUAUAUACUUAUCGCAUUAUUUUCAGGUGUGAUUCAUUAUCACAGACUUUAUGAGAAGUUGGUUCCUCAGUAAAAUGCUAUGUUUACUUUGGAAGGAUAAGGAGGUGAAUGAUAUUUCUAAGAAGGAAUUUAUGCAUCAAGGCAUAAUUGAAGGAAUCUUACAGAAACAAAACGUGAAUUUGAUUUAUGUGACCGAUAUGUAUUACACUGCAAUUUGUUAAUUAAAGCAUGGCAUAAACCUGUAUGAUCAUGGUCAUAAUGAUAAGAAUUAACACUUACGAACUUGAAGACAAGCUGUACUAAGCAAGAUAUUAAAAAGAGCAUGGGGAUGUAGGAGCACCAAUUAUAAGACAUUACAAGGUGUAAAUGGAAAAAUGGAGUUGCAGCAUGAAGUUAAAUUCUUCAUUACUUUGUACCAUCAUGGCAGAAAAUUCCACAACUAAUUACAAGAAAGCUGUGGGAAUCAAUUCCCUGCUUAAGGAAUGUCAAACACUAAAUGGGACUGAUAUUU